CAACCGCUAGAAAAACGACCUUUCAAUACAUCAAAAUCCCAAAUUCAUAGUUUAGGGCUCGAAACAGGUAGAAGCCUCUCCACACGCGAGUUACUUCUGCUGAUCGUACGAAGAAAGGUUCCCAAUUUUUUAGGCAAAUGUCUUCGUUUCUCGAGGAUUUUCAAGCCAAUUUGGAAUCACUGCCGAAUAUACUUCAAAAGAAGUACGCUUUGUUGCGUGACUUGGACAAAAGUUUACGAGUAGAGAUCCAACGGGAGAAUGACCAACGUUGUGAGCAGGAAGUACAGGAAAUGAAGCGGGAAAUCAAGUCUGGUAACAUUUUGGCAGAUGCUUCAAAUAUCAGGUUCUCAGAUGAGGCACUUGAUGAGCAAAAGCAUGCUAUCAGAAUUGCUGAUGAGAAGGUUGCAUUGGCCGUUCAAGCUUAUGAUUUGGUAGAUACUCAUAUUCAGCAACUUGAUCAGUAUCUGAAGAAAUUUGAUGAAGAGCUUCGGCGUGAAAGAGAGACUGUUGCUGCAGCUGGGUCAACUGCUCAAAACCUUGAUGGCAAUGUUAAAUCUGGGAGGGGCAGUGAGGGUGGCAGAGGAGGGCGUAAGAAGACUCGCCUAGCUACAGCAGCAGGAACUUCGGCUGCAAAUCCAACAAGCAUGGAUUUGGAUCUACCAGUGGAUCCCAAUGAACCCACAUACUGUUUCUGCAAUCAAGUCAGCUACGGGGAGAUGGUCGCAUGUGACAAUCCCGAUUGCAAGAUAGAAUGGUUCCAUUAUGGCUGUGUCGGUCUGAAGGAUCAGCCGAAGGGAAAAUGGUACUGUUCAGAAUGUGCUGGGACACAAAAGCGUAGGAGAGGCAAAUGAUCUCUGGAGACGCUGAAUGUUUUUCAAGUUUGCUCCGAUGUUAUUUACUACUGGAGCUAGGUUUCUCAAGCUUAUAACAUUUGUUUUGAGUUUGAAUGUGUGACAAUGGAUCUUUUUUGCUUCUUCCUUCUAGAUCCUUAUUUGCCGCCCUGUAAAUAAAUGGAACCUCGCAUGGUCACUGAACAUCUGUUAUUAUGUCUAGAACAGAUACUGACCUCAAUGAUAGAGAGAAUUUUGAUAUAGAAAACAUUUCACUCUUAGUUCAUAUUCUCUAAAUCACAACAUCUACAUCUUGGUCAAAUACA